GUGAAUUUCUCUCUGAUUUAGAGCAGCAGACUGAUCUACUGCAAUUUGUUGUUUCAGUGCAAGCUGCCAACGAUAUGAUCCAUAGACUCCAAGAGAGGGAGCAUGAAGAGAGGAAGCUUCAGGCAGACAAACUGAUGGCUCGUGAAGAGAAGCGCAUAGCCCACUGGGAGGAGUUCAUGAAAGAACAACAAAAUAAACGAGCAGAGGUGGAUGAAGAGCACAGAAAAGCUAUGGAGCGCCUCAAAGAGCAGUAUUCUGAGAUGGAGAAGGAACUGGCCAAAUACGUUUCUUUUUAA